AUGAGCACAAAUCAAAUACCUUCCGGCGGCUACAUCGACCCAAACUUCCCAAACCCCAACGGUAAAUCAGAUGUCGCCAUCAUCAUCUAUGGCUACACGCCGUCCUUCGCCCUCGCCGUCUUUGCAGCCGCCUGGUUCGCGCUCAUGCUCGUAAUCCAUCUUGGCCAGACGAUCCGCUACAGAAGCUGGUGGUUCAUCCCCUUUUCCGUCGGACUAGCCUUCGAAAUCGUCGGGUACAUCGCACGCUCGCUGUCGUCGAAGAAAGACCCCUAUAACCUCAACUACUUCAUCAUCAACUACUUCUUCAUCGUCACCGCGCCCGUCUUCCUCGCCGCUGGUAUAUACACAAUCCUGUCGGCCCUCAUCUCACGACUGGGACCCAAGUAUUCCCUCCUCUCGCCCAAAGUCAUCCUAUGGUUCUUCAUCCUGUCGGACGUCAUUUCCACAAUCACCCAAGUCGCCGGCGCAGCUCUCGUCGGCGUCCAAGAGUCCAACCGCAAAGACCCGACGUGGGCCAACGACAUCCUUCUGGCCGGUCUGUCCUACCAAGUCUUCUCCAUCGGCGUCUUCAUCGCCGUGGCGGGAAGUUUCCUGGUGCGUGCCAGACGGGCUCUUCGCGAGCGUGGCCUCACCGCCUUUGCUCUCGUCUUCUCAGCUGCCACGAUUCUGGUCUAUCUGCGAACCGUCUUUCGGCUUGCCGAGUCGGCUCAGGGCCUGAUGGGAUCGAUACAGACGAAUGAGAUUUACUUUGCUUGUUUGGAGUUUGCCCCUGUGGCGGCGGCGGUGCUCCUUGUUGCUGGAUGGCACCCUGGACGAUGCUUGGGUAGCACCGUUAGGGAGGCUGCGGCGGUCAAUGAAGAAGCGCACAGCAGUUGGAACAAGGCUUGA